CACAUUUGUGCACGUCCGCACCAAAGACUCUUUUCUUGCCUUUGAAUUAUUUCUCUUUUGCCCAAAACUUUCCAGCAGCUCAAAGGGCAGGUAACUUCUACACUACUUUUAGAUACCGGAAGAUGGGGCAGGGCCAAGCAGAGAAGAUGGCGAUGGUGCUUGCUGUACUUCUGCUUUCUGUGUUGUCGUGCGGCAAGGCUGAAGAGAAGACAAAGCUCGUGAAUGGGAUUGUUAAUGGCACUGUGGACUUAGAACCAGGGAAUUCCAUCCUGGAGAGAUAUCAGCAAAUCAAAUGGUUUUACAACCACACCCAGCAGAUCCUGAAGAAGCAGAAGGGCAAGUCGGCUCAUUACAAUAAUAAGUAUUUUCAGAACAAGACGAAAUUGUUUGAGAACGGCACUCUGCGUAUCACGAGGCUUCGGAAGGAAGACAGCAGCGAAUACAAGAUAAUUGUGGAAGAUGCAAAAGGCCAGGAGAUCCCUAUAAUGAUCCAGCUGAACAUCUAUGAUCCUGUCCCGAAGCCCCGGGUGAAUGUCACUUCUUUAAAAAAGACCAAAGGAGGGUGCAGUGUCACCUUGAAGUGCUCUGUCAGUAUCCCAGAUGUGACCUACACAUGGUACAAGGAUGACAAGAAAUGCAAUGAUUCCAAGUUAAAUGGAGACCUGGUCCUCUCUCUCACAUCAGAAAGCAACAUAAUGUACAAUUGUACUGUCUGCAACUCCGCCAGCUGCAACACUGAGUCCAUAUAUUACCGAGGCGACUGCCAAUGGCAAGACAGGAACACUGCCUCGUCCACGCUCCGGCUGGCAGCUGAUUCUGCGGUGACUCUCGGGAUCCUCCUGCUCCUCCAUAACUUGCUAUGAGGCUGGGGGCCCAGGGAGGUGAGCACAGCCCUGGAUCCCAUCCUGCCUUCUGUUCUGAGAUGCACUGAGGCCACCUGCACACAAAUCCACUCAAAAGCAGCACUGCAAUAUAGCCCAGAAGCAGCAACACGAUGUGUCCAAGCCAUACUGUGAUAUAACCACCAGUACUGCAAUGUGGUGACCCAUAUCUCUGUCAACAGGAACCAGCUGGAGAUGAACAUUGUCCUAGAGAAUGACAGCAAUGUAGGGUGGGGAAGAGAUCUCAAGGGGACAUCUCCUUCUCACCCCGGCAGCGAGGCAUGAUGUGGGUCUGGACUAGGAUUGGCAAGCUGGUCAACUGACCAGUCAAAUAUUAUCAAUUGACUGUAUGUUUUUUUCAGUCAAAGAGCAAUUUUACCAAACAAAUGUACAUUUUUAAUUGCUUGAUAGAAAUGUGAUUUAAAAAUGUUUUGACACAUUUCUUAAUGAAAUAUCUGUGUAUAUUUUGCUAUACAUUAUUUAGACCAAAUGGCAUUUUUUAAACCAGUUUUGAUCAGUAAAAUACCCAAUCCUAGUCUAGACACAUGUCCUGAGAAGCCUUUGUCAGCCAAUGACAGCAAUAAAGAAAUGACAGCAAGUGAGGGCUCAUGCGGGGUGGGGAUGGUCGAUCUAGCCUACCGUUACUGUGUGCACGGGGACCUGGAGACAACGGGAUGGGGGCGAGAGAGCUUGCAAACAAAGCGGCUUUGGGGUUAAUACUACCUGCUUUUCGGUAAAAUCUUGCUGCCCCUGGAAGUGAGUGGGAAAGGUUCACCCCCUUGCAGCCAAUCUGCAAGAGAGUCGGCACGAGCUGCAGCAGCCUGUAUCCUCGGCAUGGAAAGUGCUGGCUUGAAUCUUCCGAGCAGCCGCCAAGACAUGUCAUGGUCCUGCUUCUGGGACUUGGGCUUGGAAAAUAAACUUUUCAAACAUAUCAA